GCCACUCGCACGCGCAUCACUCCCUGCCAUCCCCCUCUCACCUCUCGCGCCUCUCAUCGCGACGACACUCAGCGACGCUGCACGCAUCUCGACUCGCCCCCUCCCUCGCCCCUCCCCCCUCGCUCCUCUCCUCCGCACCGCGCGUCUCCCUUCUCACCGCUCGGCGCGCGUCGUCGCGGUCCGCUUUAUCGCGCUCUGCGUCGGUGCGGGCGGCAGCUGACGCUGGCGGCGAUGGCGGCGGGCACGCCACCGCGGAAGCACCCGCAUCCCCUCCAGCAGCGCCGGCAGCAUCACCAGCGGCGCCACCAGCGCCAGCAGCGGUGGACCCGGCGGUGGCGGGCAGCGAGCUGAGGCGGCGGUUCCUGGAGUUCUACGCGGCGAGGGGCCAUGCCGUGCUGCCGUCCGCCUCGCUGGUGCCCGCCGACCCCACCGUGCUACUCACCAUUGCCGGCAUGCUGCCCUUCAAGCCAGUGUUCCUCGCCCAGGUGCCGCCCAGUGUGCCGCGCGCGACAACGAGCCAGCGGUGCGUGCGGACGAAUGACGUGGAGAACGUGGGGCGCACGGCACGCCACCACACCUUCUUUGAGAUGCUCGGCAAUUUCAGCUUCGGCGACUACUUCAAGCAGGACGCAUGCCAGUGGGCGUGGCAGCUCGCCACUGAGGAGUUCGGCAUACCAGAGGAGCGCAUCUGGGUUAGCGUCUUCCGCGACGACGACGAGACGUACGCCAUCUGGAAGGACCAGGUGGGAGUGGCGCCGGAGCGCAUACAGCGGCUGGGCGAGGAGGACAACUUCUGGGCGAGCGGGCCCACGGGGCCGUGUGGGCCGUGCAGCGAGCUCUACUACGACUUCCACCCUGAGCGGGGCACUGAGGGGGCGGAUCUGGGCGACGACUCGCGCUUCAUAGAGUUCUACAACCUCGUGUUCAUGGAGAGCAACCGGCGUGAGGACGGGGCGUUGGAGGCGCUGCGGUGCAAGAACAUCGACACGGGGCUCGGCCUUGAGCGCCUUGCUCAGAUCCUGCAGCAGGUGCCGAGCAACUACGAGACGGACCUCAUCUUCCCCAUCGUGCAGUGCGCAGCAGAGCUGGCGGGUGUGGACUACCACAGCGCGGAUGACGACACCAAGCGCAUGCUCAAGGUGAUAGGCGACCAUGCGAGGGCGGUGGUGCAUCUCGUGGCGGACGGCGUGUCGCCCUCCAAUCUCGGCCGCGGCUACGUCGUGCGCCGCCUCGUGCGCCGUCUUGUGCGCACCGCCAGGCUGCUCGGGAUCAACGCCAGCACUUCCACUCACACCGCCACCGACAGCGACAAUGGCAAUGGCAGUACUGCUGCAGGCGGCGACUCUGCCUUCCUGCCAAUCAUCGCUCGAAAGGUGAUAGCGAUGAGCGGGGACAUCAACAGCAACGUGGGGGAGCGAGCAGAGCGAGUGGUGGACGAGCUGCGGCGCGAGGAGGAGCGGUUUGUGGCCACGCUGGAGCGCGGCGAGAAGAUGCUCGACUCCCUGCUCUCACAGGCUCUCUCACAGGCGCUCUCUCAGGCCGCUCAUAGCGCCGCUGAUGGUGGUGCUGCUGCAGGAGGGGAGGAUGGGGAAGGAGUUGCGAGCCCAGCAGGGGCGGUGUUGAGUGGGCGGGAUGCGUUUGUGCUGUACGACACGUAUGGGUUCCCUGUGGAGAUCACAGAGGAGGUGGCGAGAGAGAGGGGCGUGGCCGUGGACAUGGCUGGCUUUGAGCAACAGAUGGCGGCACAGCGGAAACAGUCGCAGCCCUUCUCACUUCAAUCCCUCCUCCCUCCAACCUCUCUCCCUCCGUAUGCCUCUCUCCCUCCGUAUGCCUCUCUCCCUCCGUAUGCCUCUCUCCCUCCGUAUGCCUCUCUCCCUCCGUAUGCCUCUCUCCCUCCGUAUGCCUCUCUCCCUCCGUAUGCCUCUCUCCCUCCGUAUGCCUCUCUCCCUCCGUAUGCCUCUCUCCCUCCGUAUGCCUCUCUCCCUCCGUAUGCCUCUCUCCCUCCGUAUGCCUCUCUCCCUCCGUAUGCCUCUCUUUUGAAACUUAAUUUGCUGCUCCGCUCUGUCCACAUCCCUCCCCUCCCUCCCACACUCCCCCAGGCGGCGCACAGUGCCAUCAAGCUGGCGGUGGGCGGGGCAGCAGCGGACCUGGCGGGGCAGGUGCCCGAGACCGAGUUCGUGGGGUACUCGUCCCUCGCGUCCUCCUCGCCCGUGCUGGCGCUCGUGGUGGACGGCAAGGUGGUGGAGCGUGCAGCAGCGGGGCAGCACGUGGACGUGGUGCUGGCGCGCACUCCCUUGUAUGCGGAGGGGGGCGGGCAGAUCGCCGACUGGGGGCACAUGCGCGUGCUGCAGGGGGCGGAGGGGGAGGGGGAGGGGGGGGUGGUGCACGUGAGGGAUGUGCAGCGGGCGGGGGGAGGGCUGUGGCUGCACCGGGGGGAGGUGGAGGAGGGGGAGGUGUGUGUGGGCGAUGAGGUGGAGGCCGUGGUGGAUGAGGAGCAACGGCUGCGAGCACAGGCGCACCACACAGCAACGCAUCUGCUGCAAGCAGCGCUGCGAGAGCAGUUGGGGCCGGACGUGGCGCAGGCGGGCAGUCUGGUGGCGUUCGACCGCCUGCGCUUUGACUUCCACUUCCCGCGCGCCCUCACGCCCUCCGAGCUCUCUGCCGUGGAGGCUCGCGUGAACAAGUGGAUCGCCGCUGGCGCUGAUGUCACCGCGGCCGUCAUGCCCAUUGCUGACGCCAAGGCGGCUGGGGCGAUUGCCAUGUUUGGGGAGAAGUAUGGCGACGAGGUGCGCGUGAUAGACGUGCCGGGCAUCAGCAUGGAGCUGUGUGGCGGCACGCACGUCGCCAACACGGCGCACAUCCGCGCCUUCAAGCUGCUCUCCGAGGCCGGCAUCGCAGCGGGUGUGAGGCGCAUUGAGGCCGUGGCGGGCGAGGCGGCCGUGGACCUGCUGCACCAGUGGGACGGGGUCGUCAAGGCGCUUUCCUCCUCGCUCAAGGUGAAGGCGGAGGAGGUGCCAGCGCGAGUGGCGGUGCUGCAGGAGGAGCUGCGGGCGGCAAGGAGUGAGGCGGAGAGCCUAAGGGGCGACCUGGCUGUGGCGCGCUCCCAGCUGCUGCUGGGGCAGGCCGAGACCGUGGGGGCCAUAGGGUGCCGCGUGCUGGUGGCAGAGCUGCCAGGGGUGACAGCGGACGCCCUCAAGACGGCCGCAGAGAGCCUGGCAGCACAGCUCUCGGCGGGCAGUGCGGGCGGCAGCAGUGAGAGUGCGGUGGUGCUGGCGUCGGGCAGCAGCGAGGAGGGCAAGGUGGCCAUCGUGGCUCUGCUCAGCCCCGCGGUGGUGAAGGCGGGCGUGAAUGCGGGCAAGCUGGCGGGCGCCAUGGCACGUGUGUGUGGGGGAGGGGGAGGGGGGCGCCCCAACUUCGCGCAGGCGGGGGGCAGGCAGCCGGAGAAGCUGUCGGAGGCACUGGCUGUGGGCAGGGCGGAGCUCAUGAAGCAGCUGGGGGCGUAG